AUGUAGUAAACAGGAGGAGGACACCAAGACAUCUUAGGAGCUCUACUAAAUGACUCGUACAAGCUAGUGAUGACCUAUUCAUUCUUCCAAAAUAAAAUGGAAAAUGAUUAGACAGCCUUCGAAUUGCUUUUUAGGAAAUGCCCAUUCGGAGGUCAAUAUGUCAUCUUUGCCGGUCUAAACGAAGUUGUUCGUUAUAUUAAGAAUUUUAAAUUUACAGAAGAAGAAAUCGAAUUUGUGAAACAGAAUAUUUUGCCAUCAGAUGCUAACCCGAAAUUUUUCGAAUAUCUUAGGAAUUUAGAUUCUUCUCAAGUUAAAAUCAGAGCAAUGCCUGAAGGAUCGAUUUGUUUCCCCAAGGAACCCUUGAUUAGCAUAGAAGGACCACAAGGCAUAUGUUAACUCAUAGAAACAGCAGUCAUUAAUUUGGUUUCAUUUCCAUCAUUAAUAGCUACCAACGCAAGUAGAAUGAGACAAUUGGCCGGGUCAGCUCAUUUACUUGAAUUUGGAUUGAGAAGAGCAUAAGGACCUGAUGGAGGUAUGAGUGCCACUCAAUAUUCAUUUUUGGGGGGAUUUGAUGGCACAAGCAAUAUGAUGGCUGGAUUACGAUUGGGAAUACCAGUAUCAGGUACCAUAGCACAUUCAUUUGUUACAUCCUUUUCAGAAUUGAAUGAUGUAGAAUCUGCAGAAUUAAAUGGUGUCAAUAUCAAGUUAAGAGCAAUUGAAUAUCAUAAGAAGAUGGGAGUGAAAACUAAUCAAGGCGAAUUGGCUUCCUUUAUAGCCUAUGCUUAAUCUUGUUCAAACAACUUUUUAUGUUUGGUUGACACCUAUCAUACAUUGAAGUCUGGAGUUCCAAACUUUUUGGCUGUUGCAUUUGCUUUAGAUGAUGCUGGAAUUAAGGCCAAAGGCAUUCGUUUAGAUUCUGGAGACUUGGCUUAGUUAUCAAUAUAAGCAAAGGAGAUAUUUAAGCAUUAUGGAGAUCAAUUUGAGAAGGAUGUCUCUCAUCUUAAGGUUGCUGCAUCAAAUGAUAUCAAUGAAGAAGCACUGAUACAUUUCAAUAAGAAAGGACACAAAAUAGAUAUAUUUGGAAUAGGUACUCAUUUGGUAACAUGUUAAAAAUAACCAGCUUUGGGUCUGGUCUAUAAAUUGGUGGAGUGUAAAAAUUAGAUUGUGAUGAAAUUGUCUGAAGAGUAUGAUAAAACUACUUUCCCAGGUUAAAAGAAUGUUUAUAGGGUUUAUACAAGGAGUGAUUAAUGUGUAGAUAUUAUCACAUCAAUUAAUUAUUUACCUGAGAAUAAUGAAUUCAAAUGCAUUGAUCACAUAAACAAAUAGCGAUAUCACAUAAAGCCAACCUUUAUUGAGAGCUUAUUGCAACCUGUGGAUUAUGAUUAUGUCCCUGAUUUGCAUGCAGCUAAGAAACAUUGUACAAAGCAGUUGAAAGAGUUUAAUACUAAAGUAACUAGACUUGAGAGUCCAUAGAAACAUUUAGUUUUGAUGUCCACAGAGUAUUAUUAAAUGUUCUAGUCGAAAUAUGAUGAAAUUGCUAUUGAGGAAGUGAUUGAAUGAUGAAUAUUUUAACAUAAAUAUUUAAUUUUGGAU